AUCGGGUCAGCUCUGCCGUCAAGCAAGCGUCAAACUGGCAGAACAGAAGGCCCGUGCGGGGGGCCCACCUGGGGCCCGCCUGCAACCCCCCCAGCCGGGGCCCUUGUUGGCUUGGUACCCCUGGUGUCCUGCGCUCCUGCCAGCUGCCUGGUGUAACCCGGCUGCCAUCCGGACGGCUCUCCCAGGGCUCCUGGACAACCUGAAGAUGCCUGCUCGAUCGUCGGGUUUCCACAUCUGCGACAUCUUGGACCUCAACGACGCAGCAGCGGAGGGCAAACCGAAUUCGGGCGGCGACGGAGUGUCCGAGGCGCCUCACCAACUCCAUCACGGUGGGUCGAUGCCGUUAAUGUCCAGCCCGCCCGAUCUGACCACCAUAGCUGCCAGCUACGCGGCCGCUAUGGGGCACCACACUGUACUGUUCUCGGGGGCCCCUGGAGGGGUACCUGGGCUGGAACCACAUUGCCCCCUUCUGCCCCACACGAGACACCAAUGGACCACAUCUGUCACCACGAGAAACGACCACGGAGCACACCAGCAGCAGGUCAGCCCUGACAGCACUUCUCCCAGCUCCCUGGUGCCUCCAGACCCCUCUCGAUGUGGCCCCGAACAGGAGCCCGACCUCCACUCAAGUUCCGUGUCUCUGGACAGCUUUCCUCCUCCCCCAACUAGUCCCGCCAAUGGUCCGGGACCGGAUUCUUCAAGCGCAGUUCCUUCAGCCCUCAUGAGGACGCCCCUCAUGGGGCAGGAUGGCGAAGACCACCUGAUGGACACUGAGGAGGACGACCAAGAGUCGGAGGGACAGCACGAGGCGGGGACCCAGGGGAGCGGACAGCCCGGAGGCUCCAAGAAACGCAAAAGAAGGGUUUUGUUCUCGAAGGCACAGACUUACGAACUGGAGAGGAGGUUUCGGCAACAGCGAUACUUGUCGGCCCCGGAGCGCGAACACCUCGCUAGCAUCAUCCGCCUCACGCCCACACAGGUGAAGAUCUGGUUCCAGAACCAUCGGUACAAGACAAAGCGGGCGCAACAAGAGAAGGGGCUCCAUGACCCUCAUGGGGGUCACGUGGGCCCAGGAGUCACGACUCUACCAUCACCUCGCAGGGUGGCUGUUCCUGUCCUCGUAAGGGAUGGUAAGCCGUGUACCGGCGGCGCCAAGGGUCAGCAACAGCCCUCGACGGAGCAGCAUAUACCCCACCCCCAUCUGGUAAUGCCUUCGUACUCGCACCCCCUCAUACACCCCCAUCAUCACCAGCCUCACCCCCGCGCUUGGUGGUAGUGACUAAACGUUAUUCGUGGUGAGUUCCAUAAAAACUGGCGACCGAAGGACAUAUUCGUCCUUUGUUCAUGAACUGGUGAGUGUUAAUGACGCCUGAUAGCAUGUCCUUGGUUAAAUCACUACAGACUGCUAAGAAAACUGAUGACAAGAUUAUGGACAACAGAUUUGAGUAUUUGAUGAGGGAAGAUUUAUGUGAACGGAGCGUCAUUUUGAAGACCAUUUCAUUUCUUCGUCAACUUCAAAUAUUUUAUUGCAUUUGCGAGUGUCCUUAAGUCGAGAACAAUAUAAUGUCGACUCGAGAUGUUUUCAUUUCUUUUUACAAAGGCAUGAACAGACUCGUAACAAGUGUGGAAUCAGAUACUGGAUUCUGAUAAACUGUGGGACAGAUGGCGUGUGCUUAGUUCAGUGUUAAGUGCAAAUCAGUGGUUUCACGAAGGGGUCGCAAGGAUACCGAAGUUAAAUUCCUACAAAGCAUAAUAAUAAUGUCACAAUAUGCUGAUCGUUGAGUAUUCUGUGUCAACGCGGUAGAAGUCAUCGACGUUUCAGAGGAACCUUGUUCAGGGCCGAGGUGAAAGCAAUGGAAUGUAAGAAACAUUAUGGGCAUUCACUGAUAAUUACAACAGAAUGAACAUAACACUGGUAGAUGACGAUAUCUAAUGGCCAUAAAAAGAUAUUGCUAAUACUGACAUGUGAAUAUAAACCACAGUGAAAACUUCACGUCUCAGGACACAAAAAUAUUCUGUGAAGCACCCGACAUGACCAUCCAGAUCUCAAAAUAUUUGAAAAAUUUACAAUAUCAAAACCACAACUUUCCUCGUUAAAAUGUAAAUAAGACUUGUCAGUUUUCUGUUGCACGUGCCACAAAACGUCUGCGGGUUCUUACAGGUUAUGUGACUAAUUACCGAAGUAAAACAGUUUCGCGACAAAAAGUAGUCCGUAAAUAUCGCUUUUAGCCUGUUGCAGUAACCACCUGUGGAACUGAAGUCGUGAAGUUUAUAUAAAAAUUUAUAAUGACGUUCACUAUGCUUGUCGCUCAGAAAAUUACAGGCAAAUAUUAUACCGAUACCGUACAUUGAGGAUGUUUGACGGCUGUGCCGGCAGCACGGUCUUUGAGCUAUGCGCGAUCAUUGCGUUGGUUGCCGCGUUUACUGUUCUCAGCGGCACAGAGACCAAAUAAUUUCAAUGUAGUUAUUUGUAUUUAAUAGUUUUAAAACCUGACACGUGGCUUGCACUUUGCUUUAACACACAUGACCAGAUUGCUUCUACAAACACAGAUAUCAUUAUCUUCGCUGUUUUAUCUGCUGAUAGCAGAAAAAACCACCGAGUUCUUGUGGCGAUUGACAUCAGAGGUUCUAUUCAAGAACACAAUUUACUUAGAUAAAAGAAAACAGAAUAUGUUCGGGCUUAACAAAUAAACACAAAGGCCAAUUUUUAACAUUGAAAGGGGUGUACAAGAUACGCGGUUAGCAGAUAAUGUGUAAAUACAUGGUAAAGUGGAUACCAUGCAUGUUUCCCAUUCUGGAAGUCCUGGGUUCUACUCUCGGUACGGAGACUGGUACAUUCAAAAUUAAUUAAUUAAUUAUCUCCGCCUCUCCAACCAAGUGUCGGGCUGCAAUCUUAAAAUAGGCCACGACUUUGAUAAUUAUGAUAGCCGUUUACAUUUCACCAUUCUGACAAUAUCAGCUGAUAUGCAGGCGAUAAAUUUCAGAUUUUCUCGGUAUGGCCUGACUAAGGAAUACCACGUAAAAUCAGUUCCUGCCGGGUUCCGAAGUGGGGAUCAUCUUCUCAAAAUCCUGCCCAGCGUAUGUACAUUUAUAAAACGGCAAGGGCAGAGUU